CUGUGACUGGUACACACGAAAAUGUGUUCGUCACUCGCAGACACACAUCCUGAUUACUAAUUCACGAAGCCGCGGACUACUUCCUUGCCGAGUUGUGACACCAAAUCCCAUAUUCCAGCCGAAUGGAGAGUCGAGACGGACGCGCGGUUAUCCUUGCAGUCUCGCGGAUACGACUUUCUUUGAUUAUCCAUUAAACCGAUUUUCAUUUGUUCAUUCAUACUUCUACACCGUCUCGGUUUCACAUUUUAUAAUACUUAACAGGCGUGUACGUAUAAUACGACACCGAGCGAGACGAGGUGAGCAUAAGAGAAACGGCUGGAUGAACUGGAAUGUGUCUCACAAAAAUCUCCUGAACGGAUGCUAUGCGGAGUAUGAUCUAUCGUUAGUUGGAAGGGGGAAAUCGGUUCGGAUUUACAGUUAGACGAUUGGCUCUACGGCUAUCAGGCAUCGGUUGCUUUCGCUCCUUGGACAGAAUUCCGGAUUUUCGUUCACCUCAAAUUCAUACCGUUCGCAUACCAUCGCGUACUUUCGAUUUAAACCGUCUUUAACACGUUCGCCGACACCAUCGCCCCUUCCUCAUCUUCAUUAGGAAUAUCGAUAGAGAAUCGCGUCUACUCCUUGUUGAUUUCCAAUUCGUAUAGAAACUCUCCUAUCAGUCAAUUGGAAAUUCAAGUGACGUGUGAAUGAAAUUGCAAUUAAAUGAUAAUAUGAUAAAAAAACUAUGGGUAGAAAUAAUAGUACGCGAUUGCAUGCAGCUGCGUAAUAAAUCUUACAUAGUGCAAAUCAUUCUUAACUUUUUUUUUAUAGGAGCUUGAUAGAUGUGUUUAACUAUUGAUAAAGUAUGAGUCAGGUAACGGUUCCGUUGCCGGUGGCUUCAGCUCGUCUCCGAAUGUUCCGCUGGUUUUAAAAACGAAUUCGGUGCAUGGUCCUUUCGGCAGAGGGACUCGCGACGACGACGUUCUCCGGAAAGGGAGAAAACACGAGCGACGAGAGCCACGUGGAGAACCCGAAGAAGAAGGUGUAAUGGGAAAGAGGACGGGUAACGAGGUGACGAAGAGGUGGAGGAGAGGCAGCCAGGCUCGGUGGUAUAAAAGGGUCGCGGAGAGACGCCUCGUCUGUUUUAACACUCUCACCGGGUCGCUCGGUGGAUAUCAACGCAACGACUCGCGUCGUCCAUCGACCUAGACCACCGCUAAUAACUCGUGAUCUCGCGCGAGGACUUCAACGUACACGGAGAGAACCAUGAAGUUAGCGAUAGCGUUGGCGGUCCUGUGCUGCCUUGCACUUGGCACCCUCGCAACACCGGUUCCAAAGAUUUCCGAGGCGAAGUCGUCGAGUCAAAACGUCGAGGCAACGGGAAGACAGCAAGCAGUACAACCACCGGUAGUCACUGCAGACGACGACGACGACGACGAUGACGAUGACGACGACAUCGACUUAGAUAUCACGGGAGAUGACGACGACGACGACGACGAAGACGACGACGAUGACGAUGAUGAGGAACCCGAUUAUUUGGAACGUAUCAUCGAAGACAUACUAGGAGACGACGAUGAUGACGAUGACGAGGACGAGACGCCAGCUGCGGAAGCUGUCCCGGCGCCAGCUCAGGCAUCAUCUCCGGCGAUUCCCGCUGCCGUCGAGGCAGACUUGAACGCGCAAGCCGCCCAGGAAGCAGAAGCCGCGGCUGAAUUAGCUGCCGAGAACGCUGCCGCUGAAAACGAGCCGAUCAGCGCCGAAGAAGAUGACGCUAACGCAGUUGGCGAGGGUCAAGCUGCCUCUGGCAUCCACGAAACGAGCUUAGCAGGUGCGGAGUCGCAAGCGAAUCCUGUCCAAGUCCCCGCCGCCGUGUCCAACGAGGCGGACGUCGACGAGGACGACGACGACGACGACGAUGACGACGACGAGGUCGAUCUAGUGUACACGGAGGACGACGACGACGAUGAGGACGAGGACGAGGACGACGAGGAUGACGACGACAGUAUCGCCGACAUCACCGGCGCCAGGCAAGCACGCAUGAUGCAGGAACCGGCUAGCGACGUGUCCGCGAUUUACGUAGCGAAAUACAAUCGUUUCGUGGAUAACAUUUUAGCAAGGAUCAACAAAAUCCUGCGCACUAAUUACGAUCCUGUCACCGUCAAGCUCACGAAUCCUAACUCUAAGACAAAGUCGAACAAACAGAAGAACAAAAGUAAGACCAAGAAAAACAGUAACAAGGGAAUCAAGAAAAGUAACAUGGGCACAAUCACAGCUAUCACUGAAAAACUGUCUGAGGAAAAUAUGCAGAAAGGUGUGGAAGCUGUUGAAAAUAUAACUGCAUCUGCCGUUAUCGAGAAGGAAAUGGCCCCGACUACUAGUCUGGUCGAACUCGCAAGUAAAACAAACGUAGAGACUACUACGUCUACAAAUCGGCGAUCGUCGAAUAAAAAGACGAAUAAAACUCGUACCGGUUCGAAAAACAAAACGAAACAGACCAGUGGUAACAAGAAGACGAAGAAGAGUAAGCCGAAGGCAAGAGCUACUUUGUACGGACUCGCGAGCCUCCACAGAUCGGGAGACGUCUCGGUGAACAUGAUGAGCGAUCACACCAUGAUUAAGACGCGGUUUGCCCUUGGCCCGUUGACACUGAAAGUCGAAAAGGAGUUCGGCAGAGCCGCGAAGAAGGAAUUGAGAAGCGCCACUGCGACCACAGCAGAGAUGUCCGGGAAACUGAGCCUUCGUGUUCUUUACGGUGGUGCAGCCACCCUCAAUUCUAUUCGUGUUCUACAGCCCAAACAAGUGCGAGUGGAAAGCGCGGACGAUCAUGACCGAACGCGCGAAUUCGUGUGGAAGAGAUCGUCGCAUAUCGCACACUUGGUCUCUGAGAAGCUGUCGUCGGCCACGAGGUCGAUGCUUCGACCUCCACCUGUUGCAGUGGUCGCCGCUUAAAUCAUCGACCUUCCCCUCGUUGGUCUCAAUGAAAACUGCCUCACUGUACUACAGAACUGGGCUUGUGUUAAAAUAACAAGUGCAAUUCUUAUGGCACAUGUUCAUUUUAAAAUUGUGAUCGGCUCGAAUUGAGAGAUUUGGAUACUCGACGCAGAACUUCGAAUAGGUUGUAGCGGUAGCUGGGAAUUUAUUUAUUUAACUAUAAUUAGUGUAUCGAGGAACGAAUCUGAGCUCUCGAUUGAUUAAAAAAUGAACAGCAGGCCGUUUACCCUUCCUUCGUAUUAUUUACAAUAAUUGAAAAUUCUAUGUAGAAGGAUAAAUCGUAUUUUCAUUCCAGACCAAUGGACUAUUUAUUUAUUUAAUUUAUUUAUUUAUAGUGAUUACCGGAGUUUACCGAAACGUUUUUAAACUGCGAUAUUGAUUGUAUACUAAUUAAGACAACGGAGCUUACUUUUAGGAAAUAUCAUAAGUCAGCUUUUAUAUUCUUUUGUAACUCAUCAAACGUGAAUCAAUAAAGUAUUUUAAGAAAA